AUGUACAACUGGGCGGCUCGCAGCCCCAUCGGGCGCUGGUUCCUUCUGGAAAACUCGGCUCAUAAGCCUCGCGAGCGCAAAGGCAGUUUCUUCUUUACGGAGAUCCGCGCCGGCCUAGCCACUUUCUUCGCCAUGGCCUACAUCAUUAGUGUCAAUGUCACCAUUACUUCCGAUUCGGCUGGCAUCUGCAUUUGUCGUCCUAAGAGCCAGGCCGACAUUUGCAGUUCCAACACGGCAUACUUGCUGCACCGUUCUCCACCCGCCAUUUUCGGUUCGCCUGUGCUUUUCUAG